CUUCCGGGAGUCAUUUAGAUAAAAGCAAACCCAAUACCCCAAGCUCCAAUGAAACUACUUCCGUUGACCCUAGUGCUGAGCUUGCUGGCUUGUGCAUCAAUUAGUCAAGCCCAUGGGCAGGACUGGGAUAAACUCACAAAGUGCGCCAGGGUGGGCACCACAGUGGCUGCCGAAGUUCUCAGGAAUUUGAUUCCGGAACUGCGAACUUAUCUGAACUGCGUCGACUUCAAUCCGCCACCAAAUCCUUCAAAUUGCAUUCUCGGAUACAUUAAAGUAGCUUACGAGCUGCUGAAACGAAGCGUCAAUGGGAACAUUAAUUGUCUGGUAGAUCCCCUAAAGAGAGGCAUCGAAUUCCUGAAGCCUAACAUCGCCGAGGUUGACGAUUUGAAAUGUCUCGAUUAAACCGUCUAAAUUUAUUAUCAUUUUCGAAAUAAAGUUUAGAGCAGCUUGCUGUAC